GACCUCUCUCCCGACUGUUUUAUUUCGUGUGGCCCGACUGACCUUUGCAAGUUGAAAGUCUUUUUUAGUACAAAAGUGUAAUUUAUGAGUUUGGGUUGGGUAUGCUUGUAUUUACAAUGAAAGUGCUAUUUUAGGAAAGUUUCAUAUUAGCCUUUGUUUAAGCAUAUGCUGUAUGAUCAGUUCAUUCGUUUUUUUGAGAUUCGUGAGAGAAGUGCUACCGGUACGUGAAGGUGGAUUACUUGUUCAAAAAGAAAAAUGACGGUUAUAAAAGAUAACAAGUGUUGCUCAUUUAUGAGUGGGCCAACCUGAAUUUCGUCAAGGUUAUCUAAAAAAAAACCCUCGAGAAGAUUGUGGCACUUUGUUUCGCAUUCAAACACCUCUCUCUCUCUCUCCCUCUCACCCCUUUUGGGUUCUUUUGCAGUUACACAAAUAUUACGUUGAAGCACGCAAAACACCAUUCCUUAAAAAAAAGCCAAAAAUCACUCCCUUUCCGUCACAUGAAAAAUCAGCUUAGCAAAACACUAAAGUUCGAUUAAUCUCUCUCUCUCUCUCUCUCUCUCUCUCUCUCUCCUCAAAUCACUCAAAGUAGCUUUCCAUCACAUGAAAAAUCAGCUUACGAAAACACAACAAUUCUACAAUCUCUCUCUAACCCCUCAAAUCACCCAAAGUAGCUUUCCGUCACAUGAAAAAUCAGCAUAGCAAAACAAAAUACUCUCUCUCUCUCUCUCUCUCUCUAAAACCCCUCCAACUUGAACCAACGCAUCAAAAUCCCAAAUGGGCAUGUUGCAUUUUAGUGUAAUCUUUUGUGAUGUUGUUACAGCUUAAGCAAAAUGGUACUAGAAGCGUCUCUAGAAGUGAACCAUUUCAGGUCAAUCACACAAAAACUAAGGGCCUUUUAUGAAAACUUUGGAGAGUGUUUUUGCAAGUUAUUAGGUGUAACUAGUUUAGUUUUCUACUUUCUCUUCAUCUUCCUUUCUAACAACCCUUUUGGCCCACAGUCCUCUUCAUUGAUCCUUAAACGACAUCCUACAAGUUGCAACACCCAUAACCAUACUCCAUCUAUAAACACCACCAAUCUCACCCACAUUGUAUUUGGUGUCGCGGGGUCCAUCAAAACAUGGAGAAAUAGAGGGCCCUACGUUGAUCUAUGGUGGCGUCCGAACCGAACCCGCGGGUUCGUUUGGUUAGAUAGAGCUCCAGAUUACCCAUGGCCAUCCUCCUCUCCUCCAUUCCGAAUCUCUGAAGACAUAUCAAGAUUCCACGACUACGCGAAGCAUGCGAUGCCGUUCGCGAUCCGCAUGGUCCGCGUAGUCUUGGAGAGCUUCAGGGCAGACAUGGAUAAUGUGAGGUGGUACGUGAUGGUGGAUGACGAUACUGUUCUUGUUUUAGAUAACUUGGUGGAAGUUCUUGCGAAGUAUGAUCAUAACAAGUACUUCUAUAUUGGGGGGAAUUCGGAAUGCAUUUCACAGAACACUGACCAUUCUUUUGAAAUGGCGUUUGGGGGAGCAGCAUAUGCAAUGAGCUUCCCGCUCGUGAAGGCAUUGGCGCGGAUUUUAGAUGAUUGUUUGAAAAGGUACCAGACAUUGUAUGGGAGUGAUCAUAUCAUACAAUCAUGUAUAGCUGAGAUUGGAGUUUCUCUCACCAGAGAACCGGGUUUUCACCAGAUCGAUCUGCAUGGCGAUAUCUCAGGUCUAUUAUCAGCCCACCCACAAUCUCCCUUCCUUUCCCUACAUCACAUAGACUUCGUGGACCCCAUCUUCCCUUCAAUGGACCGUCUCCAAUCACUCAAACACAUCAUGGAACCUGCUUCCACCGACUCUUCCCGUCUGCUGCAGCAAACCAUCUGCUACGACAAACGAUUCAACUGGUCUUUGUCAAUCUCAUGGGGAUAUUCAGCACAGAUAUAUGAAAAAAUCCACCCACCGAGCAUUCUACAAAGACCCCUCCAGACAUUUUGGCCAUGGAAGAACUCGGCAAGGCCGCCGUUCAUGUUCAAUGUGCGGCCUCUAUCGAGAGAUCCAUGUGAAGCGGCCCACUUCUUCUUCUUCAAAUCCGUUGAUGUAGCAAGCGACGGUCGAACCAUUACGAAUUACAUUAGGAGAUCUGCCCGUCAAAUCCCAGCUUGUGAUUUGAGUGGGAACUACUCAGCUGAUGGAGUGUCGACGAUUCGGGUUUUCUCGCCGGCCACAAAACUCCAAGGGGUUGGAAGAAGAAGGGAAUGCUGUGAAGUCAUUCCUUCGUCCGAUGCGAACGUUACAGAGGUUACGGUUAGGGCUUGCAUGGAUAAUGAAUUAGUGGGGUAACGGUAAUUAUCGUGUACAAGUGGCAUGAUCGUAAUUAUCAGGUACUUUAAGUGUAUUUUUACCAUAGAAAAUUAGCAAUGUAACCAUCGUUUCUAGACGGCGUUAUAAGACAAAUAUCAGCUUGAUCUAAGGCUUUUGUGGCUCCGAAGAAUGUUUUAAUGGUGAGCGUUCAAUCACCACUGUGUGGUCCACUUGAGCAUC